GUCCACGUCAUUUGAAAAAACAUGCGAGCAACUAAUUUUACAAACGACGUUGACAAAAUGGUUGCGCUUAGGUCAAACAAUUUUAAGAUGAUCUUGGUGUUUUUCCUCCUUGCGAAAAGCGAUAACGCGAAGGUAGAUGCAGCAUCGCCUGUCGCCCCCGCACCUUCGAACUUACCCAGUGCGACUACCAGCUUUGCGAUGCCUGAUGCGACCCGUCGGACGAGUCAUGAGCUUUCUCUGUUGCGGAAGCUUUUGCAGGACGAAGCAUCAAAUGAGAAAAAUACAUCGAAGGAAGGAGAGCCGCAGCAGGCGGACGUGUCGCAAGC